UGUAGUGACGCCACACACAGUUCCCGCGAAACGCAAAAAUCUCGGGCAAAUGCCCUUUGUGACACCGCGCAUGCGCAUCAGUCCCACUGUCAACCUCGUGAAGUAAAAGUAGACAAAAUGUCUUCGCCACCAGCCAAAAUAAGGAAAGAAGAGACGAAAAAUAACGGGCAAAAUGUCGCAGAAGUUGAAGAAACAGAUAUUAACCAGGAGGCAGUGGAGGCAAUUGACAAUGUGCAGAACAAGAUCGACGCAUUGAAUGAGCAAGCCAGUGAAGAGAUUUUACAUGUGGAACAGAAGUACAACAAAUUGAGGAAGCCCUACUUCGAGGAGCGGGCGAAGAUGAUUGAGAAGAUUCCUCACUUCUGGGUCACAACUUUCUUACACCAUCCCCAAGUGUCCAUGUUAUUAGACGAACAAGACGAAGAAGCCCUGCAGUAUCUGACCAAAGUGGAAGUACAGGAGUUUGAGGACAUCAAGUCGGGCUACAAAAUAUUAUUUCAUUUCAAACCAAACAAUCCCUAUUUUGAAAACGAAGUUAUCCACAAGGAAUUCCACCUCAACGAUUCCGGAGACCCUUCGUCAAAGUCGUCAGCCAUCAAGUGGAAGCCAGGAAUGGACUUGACUAAAAGGAACACGGCCAUGCAGCAGAAGGGUGUACCACAAAAGAGGCCACACACAGACAGCGAGAGUUUCUUCUGUUGGUUCAACGAUCACACGGACGCAGGAGCCGAUGAACUCGGCGAGGUCAUCAAGGACGACAUCUGGCCGAACCCUCUCCAAUAUUUCCUUAUUCCCGACGGUAAGGAAGAGGGUGAUGAGGAUAGUGACGGUGCUGAUCUUGAUGACAUCGCCGAGUACGAUGAGGACGACGAUGAAGAUGAUGAUGAAGAUGAUGAUGAUGAGGGAGACGAGGAAGGACUUGAAGAUUUCGAGGGCGAGGGUGAUGAAGAUGAUGUACCUGAAGAUGAAGAUGAUGAUGACGAUGAGGCAGAUGCUUAAAGUUUGUGUUCUCCCUGUCUCUUUAUUUUUUACAACCUGGCAAUGUUGGACAUCAAGAUUAGCAUCGUCACCAAACCCCAACUCCCCAUCCUCUAUCUAUAAACCAGCAUUUUUGCCUUCUCUCAAUACAAGACGACAGAAACUGCUUCAGAAAUUUACCAUUAUUCAGAGUUUUUGUGUGCUGGCACCAACAAUGGUUUGGGGAGCAGAUUUGGGGUUCAACAUUUUUGUACGUCGACUCUGAUUUUUUCUCUCGUUUUCUUCCGCUGUGAGUUCACAAUGUCUGGGUGACCUUUCAGUGACCUCUUGAUUGCCUGAAUUAGCGUCAAUGUAAUUCAAAAAAUAAAACUAAAACAACUGCACUUUUUUUAAAGAGACCCCAAAGGAUUUGAUGUGUUUUUGUUCGUUUGAAGCCGAAGGCUGCCAUGGUAACAGUUUAUUUUUUCUCUAGACUAUUAUUAUUCCUUAUGUUGAUAUGAAAUCCAGAAAUUUAAUCCGACGGACUGUGAGUAUUUUCUUUUGCUUAUGUAGUGUGAAAUUUAGGCAUAAUAUUUAUACCAUUUUUUAAGGAGGCAUUAGCAGAAACAUUCCACAGAGCUAUAAUGUAGGAAAGGUAGGGAGCUUGAAUUAUUUUGCAGCAAUAUCGUGCGGUGGAUAUUUUGUGGUUACAAACUUCUCAAACUGAUCUAGGAUUUACGUCGGAGAUGACCGGAUGAAUUUGUUUUCAAAAUACUAUGAAGUUUCCUCCUAUGUUGAGUCCCUCAACUUCUCUAGACCCCAAAUACUUAUAUGUUGACUUGAAGCCCCACUUCAUUCAUAGCCUUUGAAUUUUUUAAACUCAAUGCUUUGACUCCUGUAUAGACUUGACCUGUUUAAAUAGUCUCAAUUUCUUUUGGAAUGUAAACAGCGCCCUCAUGUGGUAGUGCACAGGAAGGGAAGCUACAAGAUAAAUGACCGCUCCAAGAAUUUUCUUAAAAUUAUAUUAAAAUCUUUGGGGUCUGCUGUAGUGGAAUAAACUGUAUGGCUAUUUUCUGUCCUGUUUUUUUUUUUUAAGUUGAAUUUUCGAUUAUAUUUUCUUGUAUUUUACUUUCCAAGUGCUUAAGGAUUCUUUGAUGCCUUGUUGUUGCGAACCGAGGAAUGUUUUGUGUCCUAUUGUUUUAUACAUUGUAAAAGGAGAUUGUUUAUAGUUUCUCCACAGUAUAGUGUGAUUUUUUGUAAUUCAUGAAGAGAAAAAAAAAAUUAAAAACCAGGGACGAUAAAUUUUCGAAUUAAUUAAUGAUAUUAUUUUUCGGUGAUCCAACAGUUUGAAUAAAUACUCUUUUAGAUGGAUCAGGGUGUACUAUCAUGGGGCUUUGCUGGUAGUUGAGUUGCUAUGAUCCUCAUAAAGUUAAAAAUUACUUUCAUGAAAACACCUCGGAGGUAUGUAAACUAUUAUAGAGGGAACCCGUUUUCAUUACACAGACAUUACAUACAGAUGUCCACUUACAACAUGGUGGUUAUGUGAGCUGGGGUGGAUUCCUAUAUCGAGGGAUAGGAUUAGCUUAAAGUUUUCAGUAACUCUUAAUGAAAUUGACCUCUGGUGCCGUGACCUGUGUUAUCACCGCGGCAGUGCCGUUUUCUCAAUGGUAACAAAAUGCUCGCCGGCCAGUGUCGCAUUGUUUUGUUAGCCCUCUGGUUCUAGUAUAUAACUCUAUGCCAAACAGUAAUACAUGUAUUCAAACAUAGAUCUGUAUAUUUGAUGCAAGAAUAACCCUUCCCCUCCUAAAAAAAAUAUUGGCUAAAAUUUUUGUGAGAAGAUAAAAUAGAUACUGAGCUGAGGGUCCACCAUUUCCCCCUUAAAUCAACAUCGACAUGAUGCCAAAAUAAUGCAUUUACCCUUUUUUUAUUGAGGAUUAAAUUAAUUCAUUGUACCCUGAACAUCCAUUGAGUGGUUUAAUGUGAAAUCAAAGAGAAAAUCAUCUUUUCUAAAUGCAUAUUAUGUCAUUCAUGACCAAUAUCUUAGUUGAAAACUCACGGCUGUUAUCACUAAACAGCUGAGGGAGAUGCGAUCAUAUUGCAUGGAGCAAAUUGUGUGUAUAAGUGUGCAAGACACAACCUUUUGACUAAACAUGACGACUUAAUUUUUGUAAGAGACUUCACCAUUUGGUAGUACAUGUAAUUGCUAUAGACAAUACAUUUGAUGUUAUUGGUAACAGUUGGAUUCUCAAUUGGGUAUUAAUUCAGCAUUAAUUUGGCAAGAUUCUUAUUUGGGCAAGGCUUAGCAUUAAGAUUUUCAAAAGGGGUUCAAGUAUAACCAAUUAAGGAUUUCAAAUGUCAUGCAUUCUAAAAAGCAGAAACAUUUAUUAAGCCUUUUGUUUCAUCCCCGAUAUAACGGGGAAAAUGUGUGUCACUUUGCUUGUCUACCUCCACAUUUGUUUAAAAAUUGCUGAUUGCUGGUUGUUGUUUUUCAAUGAAGGUUAUGUUUUUCCCCCAAUGUUUCAGUCGCCAGUAUAUUACAAUGGGUUGAUGACUGAACCUCAUUAGACUUUUGAAUAAAAAAAAAACUGUCUGUAAA